AUGGCAGUAGACCAGCUGAAGCUGCAGGAGGAGGUGCAGCAGCAAGUGCAGCAGCAGGUGCAGCAGCAGGUGCACUCGCAGCUGCAGCUGCUGCAGAUGCACCUGCACAGCGAUCAGGCGCCGCCAGGCCUUCACCCGGCCAGCCGCCAGCUGCUGGGGGAGAUGUGCGCAUCCAUGCACCAAGCCCUGUGUAAUGAAGUGAGAAGCAAUCCCUGCAGUGAGCUGCGCCGGAGUCUGUGCAGGGACCUCAAGCAAGAGAUGCGGGACCAGUGGAGGAGUGAGACGAUGAGCGCCCGAAGGUCCCACAGCCAGGCCAUGUCAACGGGCAGCACCACUGGAAGCAGCAGACAGAGGCGCCCUUCGGUGCCCUCGCCGGCGGCCAACCUGGCGCGGCAGGAGCUCACGCGCCGGGGCGCCGCCCUCAUGGAGGCUUUUGCGCAAGCCGCGCUGGAGGAGGCAACCCCUGACUUCAGCCACUGA